GUCACCUGAACUACCACCAUGAAUUCUCCGGAGCACCACCGUGACCACCACCCAAAACCCUGGUUCAUCAAACUCUUAUCCCUACAAUCAGACAUCAUCUCCGACUGUCUACUUUCUCUCACAUCCCCUUUCUUCUCCAUCACCUCCUUCACCUCCGCCUCCCACCACAGUGCCGGAGAACCCAAAGAACCCAUCGACACCACCAUCUCCGCCGACCCAUCGACGGUGGUGCAUGGUAGCACCAUCCUUCUGAGAAAAGCGGUGUUGGGUUUUGUUGGUGCUGCUUAUGUGUGCUUGAUUUUGUUGAUGGUGAUGGUGGUGGCCGUGAUUGUCGGGGUGAGUUUGGUUCAUAUGUGGGUGGAAGAACCAGUUUAUCUUCAAGAAAACUUGUAUUUUGAUUACACAAAUGAUCAUCCUUUUGCAAUCUUGAGUUCUGGGUUUCGAGAACCCGAUAAACCACGGAAGAUGGUACCGGUUGGCCAUACUUGUAACAUACGAUUGGUUUUCGUGAUGCCGGAAUCCGAUUAUAAUCGGGAGAUCGGAAACUUUCAGGUAAUUGCAGAGGCCUUGUCGAUAGACGGGAAUGUCAUAACGAGGGCAAGUCGUCCAUGCAUGCUACGAUUCUGUAGCCGACCUAUCCGACUCAUGCGAACGUUUCUCAUGAGCGUCCCGUUAUUAUUGGGGAUCACAAGCGAAAUCCAGACGACAGACGUACCACUCCUGAAGUAUAAGGAACGAUACGUCCCCCGUACAGAGUCCAUCAAGAUCUCUUUAGUUCCGAGGGCAGGGACUCCGUUCCUUCCACAAAUAUACGAAGCAAGAAUAAUCUUUAGCUCCCAGUUACCAUGGCUGAAAGAAUUGGUUCGUAGAUGGAAAUGGACGUUCUACGUGUGGACAUCGAUAUAUGUAUACAUUAUGCUUCUUGUAGUUCUUGUUUGUUUCUUCAGAUCAAUCAUGUUCCCGACCAUGCAACCGAUCCACGACUACCAGAACGUGGACGAUCAAGAGGUUUUGCCCGAAGAACCGCCACAGGGUAUCCCUGCAAGAGAUAGGCCGACUUCAGAUACCCUCAAACGAUGGAGGCAGAGUAGAAGCAAACGAAAGGCGAUGCUUUUGGGCGGAGGGCUCCCGGAGGCUACUACAGGGUCGGAUGCAACGAGCAUGAGUGUUACAAGAGACGAAGACGCGAGUGUGGCUACUGAAGAGGUCGGGGACUCGGAAUCAGUUUGUCAAUGAGGGUACGUUGGAUGGUGACGGUUAAGGCACGAGGGCAAAUUCGUCUUUUUGAAUAGCAAUGGAUAACAUGUACAUAUUCGUACUAUUGUGAUUUCUUUCGUAUCGCGUAUCAUUUUGUAUUAUGUUGUUUUAUUUUGGACCUUGGCAUGCCCCUUGUCUUGUAUAGUAAGUAGUUUUAAAUAAGUAAUUAAAGAAAACUAUUUAU